AACCGGCCUUUCGUUGAUGCUUGUGUAUUGCUUCUUGUCAAAUUUGCGCAUAAUUUUUUCCUCAUUUCGGGUGAAGGCGCAGCAGCACAACGUCUACUUCCCCUCAUCCAUCGAUUCCAAAUUGACUCCCUCAUCACCACUGCCGAGCGCACAAUGACCUUCAGCAUGACUGACUCCAUGGCACCGAAGAUGCUCGCUUUGGCUGAUAUGUACCAACUGAAUCACCUCAAACAGGCAGCCAUUGAUGCUUGCACGCGUCUCGACAUGAAACGGAUGGCUGAGGCCAUGGAGGAAACGCCCCUUUCACCAGAACUGAAGUCUAUUGUGUUUGCGAAUCGAGUGGUGCUUCUGGAGAAGGUGCUCUCAGAUAUUGAGCGCAGUUUCAGUCAGUCCUGCAUGAGAAUGGAAAGCAAGUUGGAAAGAGUUUUCACAAAUCACUGCCAAAUUCAUUCAAAACCACUUUCAGCUACCACAGUUCCAGUCACCGUCCAACUAACUGGUUCGUUAACCGAUACUCCCGAGCGUCUUAAUAUUCGACCAGUUGACACUCAUACUACUGAACCAUCAGCAUUAGCAGGCAAUAGACCCCCGACUCGAGGUCUUCAUUCGAAUGCUAGUGAUAUUGAUGCGCCUAUGGAAGAAGAGCAGAGCGCUUCAGUACUCAGAACUUCGGGAAGACCUGCUAACUCGACAGUCGUGGAAGUUCCUGCUGUAUGUUCGAAUUGUGUGGAGCGAAUUUCGACACACAUCAAAGACCUCUGUCGCAGAGCCCUGCAUAAAGCUCAAUUUGUGCCUUACAGACCACCAAACACCGCGGUGACAACCAUCUCAUCCAAUACACCAAAUUCAUGA